CUCUCCUGCAAAUGCAUAUUUCUCUUUCUCUUUCUCUUUCUCUUUCUUUACCUUAUCCCACCUCGGUUCUUCCCUUUGUAGCUUCCUUUUCUCUUUCAGGUAAACCCCAGUAAACGUAGAAACAAUGAGGAAACCUGCUUCUGAUAUCAAAGACUUGAACAAAGGAGCUUGGUCCAAACAAGAAGACCAAAAACUCAUAGAUUAUAUCAACAAACACGGUGAGGUUUGUUGGCGUACACUCCCUCAGGCUGCAGGUUUACUUCGGUGUGGCAAAAGUUGUAGACUGAGAUGGAUAAACUAUCUAAGGCCAGACCUUAAAAGAGGCAACUUUGCUGAAGAUGAAGAAGAUCUCAUCAUUAAGCUUCAUGCGCUACUUGGCAACCGGUGGUCACUUAUAGCAGGGAGAUUGCCUGGUCGUACAGAUAACGAAGUGAAGAACUAUUGGAAUUCUCAUAUAAAAAGAAAGCUAAUUAGCAAAGGCAUUGAUCCAAAUAAUCAUCGAUUAGAUCAUAAAGUCCCUUUCCUUCAGAAUCCACCCAUGUCUGAAGAUGCCUCAGAACCUUUUGGCACGAAAGUCGUUGAAAAGAACAAGCCAUGUAAAUCACCUCGUCAUGUUUAUGGUGAUGUCUCAGACGAUGCAAGUGGCGAGGCUCAGUCAUCAUAUGCCCUUCCGGAUUUAAACCUUGAUCUCUCUAUCGCCAUACCUUCAGAAUCACACACUAUUUCUCAAAACAAUCUAAAACCCUUUCGUCAAUCUUAUUCAUCCAGGAAACUGCCUUAUGAUUCUCCUUCUACACUUCUUCUGUUUCAGUAAUAAACAUCAUGGCUUCAAUAGGAUCCGAUCUACUCGUCGAACCACAACUUGUGAUAAUAUAUUGAGAUCUUACGAACAGGGAAAAUGAGAGAGCUUGUGUUGUUCAUGAAGGAUAACACUCUCAACUAGAAAGAAUGUUGGUUAAUGCUUUAUUGCAAACUUUCCAAUGGCAUAAAAGCAAACCAAUAUUUCUAUACCCAAUGGAAGCCAUUAAUUGCU